AUGCCGUCAACGGAAUCGCAAGUGAAUGAGGUCAACGCCUCAUCGCAAUCCAUUGCACCUGAAGAGAAGCACUCUUCUGACGCCUUCGAGCAAUUACCAAAUCCUCCUUCUGAUGCAGAUCUUGAUCUAAUGGAAAACAUGUUUCCUUUAUUUCCUUUGGUUGGGGCAAAUUCCUUUGAUAAUAGCAAGUCUCUACCCUUGCUGCCCAUGCCGACAGUCAACAACGAUUUUCUAUCGAAUUCGCAAGAGCAUUCGGGCUCAAAUAAUUCAGCGAGCUUGCAGACCGAUUCACGAGUUGAAUAUCAAGACUUACGCUCGCAUACAAUCGGAAGAACUGAGGCAAGUCAACACGCCUCCACACUGGGUGCAAAUCACUUCUCUCAAAUGCCUCAUAUUUCGACUCAUAAUCCUCUGCCGUUGAGGGCUUCAAUGCCUGUUGUCAGCAGUCAGAAUGUUGCUUCAGCGAGGCCAAAGCGUCCCGAAAGCGUGUUGUCCCUUGCAUCGACUUCAUCGAACACUAGCAAGCAAAAUCUUUUGGAUGGUAGCGGACAGCCCCCUCAAGGCAUUUCAAAACUGUCCAGUACUGCUGCUUUUCCCCCAUACCAUCAUGUCGAAGUUGGAUCUGCCGAUGAACUAAGCAAAAGCUAUUAUGAUACGUCAAAUAUUUUUAGCGAUGGUCAUCUGCUUUCUUUCGCCAGUGAUCAGGAAGAUUUACACACCGUCGGUAGAACAUUUAGCAUGGGAGCUACUCCGCAAUCAUCGUUGCCGUCACGACAGCCACUGCAGCUGAGGCGGAAAACAUCCUUGUCCCGUUCUCACUCCCAGUUACAUCACAAUCAUGGCCUACUGAAUUGGGACCGUACACUCAUGCCAUUGAAAACUGUUACUGCAAGGGAGGACUUAGUCUCUCAGGAGCAAUCAGUAGAAAAAGUCUCAGAAAGCAUGAUGCUAAAUGACCCAUUGAUGAACGAAAUUUGGUUAUCAUCGGCUGAAAACGGCGGAUUAACCACCGCGAGCAAAAAUUUUGGGAUCAAAGAAAAGCAUCAGUAA